GCCAUUUAUUUCCAUGAAACAAUCUAUUCUUGUUUUCCAAUGGGGGCGGAAAUAGUUCUCAAACCAGCAAGGUGGUUCUCUAACAGGAGUCUCAGGUUAAGUCUCCAUAGGCGUUCACCCAAGUCCAGCUCGGCGUCAAGCUCUCCUCCCUCCCCUUCGUGUUCCCUUCAGCCGAAAGGUGGCGCAAAGGAGGAUGAGCUGAAACAAGUUUUCCGACAUUUUGACAGCGACGGGGAUGGAAAGAUCUCAGCACUAGAGCUUAGAGCCUAUUUUGGAUCCAUUCAAGAAUACAUGUCACACGAAGAGGCUCAAGCAGCGAUCAAUGAUCUGGACACGGACGGUGACAACCUGUUGGACUUUCAGGAUUUUGUGAAGCUGAUGCAAAGGGAAGACGGGAAUCAGGAGGAUCUUAAAAGGGCCUUUGAGAUGUUCGAAUUGGAGAAGGGGUCUGGGUGCAUAACCCCCAAAGGCUUGCAAAGGAUGUUCAAUCGCCUGGGAGAUGAGAAAUCCUACGACGAGUGCGUCGCCAUGAUUCAAGUGUUCGAUAUAGAUGGCAACGGAGUGCUGGAUUUCCAGGAGUUUCAUCAAAUGAUGGCUUAACAUCAUAUUAAAUAAAUCAAAACAUAAAAAGACACCUCAUCAUCGUACCUGUCCUUAUUCGGUAUAGAAUUGAAGAAAAUCGGCUUGCUGUUUUUUGUUGAUUAAGAAGUGUAGUUUGUAAAUAGAAUACGACUGUUGCUUUGCUUGAUAUGUUUGUAAUUAAUCAUGGUUUAUGUGUAUUGGUUUCUUCCCAAAAAAAAAAAAGAAAGAAAGAAAAAAAUGGGGGUGAUCAGGUUGUUGCAUGGUUGCACUCAUGGGUAGAGCAACAAAGUCAUAUGAUGAGAGGAGGCCCAUCUGUCCGGAGUCUCAAAACUGAAGCAAAGGUAAAGAAGUGUCAAUUUGGCUUUAGCUGUAAAAGAAGAAAGUGAAGCUAAGUUAAAGCAGCAGUGUCGAUUUGGCUUUGCCUGUAAAAGAAGUUUCACGAGUUCGCCGAUCUUUGUCAUAUAUAUUGAAUGGAUCUGUGGAAUCACGGACAGAUUAUGAUUCA